AUGGUUCGGACGGUGGUGGGUGAGACCAGGUCGAUAGCGGUCACAGAAGGAGUGCACCAAGGUUCUGUAUUGAGCCCUUUUCUGUUUUGUUUGGUUCUGGACUCACUCACCGAAGCGGCACAGAAUUCAGCAACGUGGACAUUUAUAUACGCUGACGACGUAGCCAUCUGCACAGACAGCCGCGCUCACUUGCAAGAGGCACUCGUGUCGUGGAAACAUCAGUUACAGACCGGUGGCCUAGUGCUGAGUGUGGCAAAGACUCAGUUCAUGUCCUUCAACGACCCAGAUACAAACAACAGUCCGAUUUCCAUCGAUGGACAAUUGGUGAACUCGUGUAAUCAAUACAAGUAUCUGGGUAGUAUGAUGAGCGGUUCUGGGGACUUGGAAAUUAACAUUCAGCACCGAAUAGCCGCAGCGUGGCUAAAGUGGCAAGAAGUGACUGGUGUCACGUGCGAUAGGAGAAUGCCGGUCAAACUUAAAGGUUUAAUCUAUAAGACCAUCAUCAGACCAGUCCUAUUGUAUGGCAGUGAAACAUGGGCCGUAACUCAAAAGAAUGUGCAUACCAUGCAAGUUGCUGAGAUGAAGAUGCUGAGGUGGAUGUGCGGCGUUACCAAGCGCGACAAAAUCCGCAACGAGUACGUGCGAGGAAGCUUGGGCGUGCGCGACAUCGCUGACAAGAUGCAGGAAAAUAGGCUGCGAUGGUAUGGGCACGUGAAGAGGAGGCCACCCGACUACGUAGGGAACUUGGCACUACAACUCUCCAUCCCAGGUCGAAGAUCCAGGGGCAGACCCAAAACACGAUGGAAAGAUGUAGUGGUAAAGGACAUGAGAGAGUGCGAAGUAUCCGAAACUGAAGUCGAGGAUAGAGCGAAGUGGAGGCGUAAGACAAGAAAGGCUGACCCCACCACCAUGUGGGACACAUAG